CUGUUGUGUUUGGCGGGGACUUCAGGCAGGUGCUUCCGGUCGUCAGGAGGGGGUCCCGGGGUCAGAUAAUCGAUGCAACCCUCCGAAGUUCACACCUCUGGAAGGGUAUGCGCCAGCUAAGGCUCGUCACCAACAUGAGGGCUCAUAAUGACACCUGGUUUGCGGAUUACUUGCUAAGGGUAGGCAAUGGCAUCGAGGAACUUGAUGAUCAAGGAAACAUACGACUCCCUGAAGAUAUUUGUGUGCCGUCUACAGGCGAGGGUGACGACCUGGAGAAGCUGAUUGACCAUGUGUUUCCGAGACUAGAUGACAACAUGUCCGAUCCGAAUUACAUGACUUCACGCGCAAGAUCAAGGAAACAUACGACUCCUUGAAGAUAUUUGUGUGCCGUCUACAGGCGAGGGUGACGACCUGGAGAAGCUGAUUGACCAUGUGUUUCCGAGACUAGAUGACAACAUGUCCGAUCCGAAUUACAUGACUUCACGCGCAAUCCUCUCCACCACGAAUGACAACGUCAGACAAGAUAAACAUACGCAUGGUAGAGCGUUUUCGGGGAAAAGUAAUCUACCAUAGCUUUGACAGUGCAGAAGACGACCCGUAUGGCUACUACGCUCCCGAGUUCUUAAAUGGAUUGACUCCCAACGGUCUGCCUCCGCAUGCACUCAAACUGAAGCUCAACUACCCUGUCAUACUUCUGAGGAAUAUUGAUCCGGCUAAUGGUUUGUGUAACGGGACGAGGCUUGUGGUGCGAGGUUUCGAGAGGAACGCCAUCGACGCAGAAAUCGUGAUCGGACAACACGCAGGUAGGAGGGUAUUCCUUCCUCGAAUACCCCUAUGUCCGUCUGACAACGACAUGUUUCCAUUCAAGUUCAAGAGGAAGCAAUUUCCUGUAAGGCUUAGCUUUGCUAUGACGAUUAACAAGGCUCAAGGCCAGACAAUUCCGAUUGUUGGCGUGUACCUACCUAAUCCGGUGUUCUCUCAUGGUCAACUCUAUGUCGCAUUGUCUCGAGCCACCGCAAAGAUAAAUAUAAAGAUCCUCAUUGAGAAGGAGAAGGAGAAGGAGAAUGCCAAGAAGCAAAGCGGUAAAUCUAAGAAGCGGAAAAGACCUGCAUUGUCCUUACAGACCUCGAUGAAGAACAUCGUCUAUAAGGAAGUCCUUACAGGCUGAAGUCCGCUCUUAAAUAUGUGAGAGGAUUUACUCUUAUGCUACAGGUAAUUUGGUGCUCUUUGGUGUCUUUGUACAUAUCUCUAUCUUUCGAUGUUUGCAAUUGAACUUUAUUAUGUUUAUACUACAAGGCAAGUAUUAAUAAUAUUGCCUCGGAUUUGUGACUUUGCAAGUUGCCAAAUUUUGCUGUAUGUGACAUUAUUUUUCGUUUUGCUGGUUUGCUUAUGUAUAUUAUUCUUUUGUUGUUUUGUAAUCAAUCAUCUACUACAUCUAAACCCGGCUUUGUUUUCCUGCACAAAUAUUGCACAUUGCCUUGAUCACUCCGUUCUUGUAAAACUAGACUCCACUGGAGUGUUCUACAUUAGAGAAAUAUUUAUGAUGUGGCCACAAAUCAGGCA